AUGAAUAAUUCUUCAAAUCCAAUCAUUGAAUGUUUUUGUCCACCAAGUUAUUUUGGACGAUUUUGUCAAUAUUAUAGCGAUCGUAUAACAGUUAUUACACAUUUAGAUGGUUUAAAAUAUAUUUAUAAAGAUCAUCAACAGUUACUGAAUAUUACAAUCAAAGUAUUAGCUACGUUCAUUCAUAACGAAAGUGAUAUUAUUGAUCAUAAUGAAAUUCAUUUUGCAUCAGUAUUAAACAAUUUACAAGAAAAACAAAAGUUUUAUUUUGUUUAUCCAAGACCAAGAACAUUAUCUCGAAAUCGUCUUUAUAAAAUACGCUUUGAAGCAUUUGAACUAAAUAUGAAUACCACUAUUCGAUUAUUAGCUAUUUGGGAAUAUUCAAUUGAUUUUAAUUUUCUUCCAUCAUUUCGUAUAGCAAAAAUAUUAAAAUUUCAACAAAAACAAAAACAAGAACAACAAACUCACCAUAUUUGUGAAAUAAAUCCCUGUCAAAAUAAUGGUACUUGUUAUCCUAUAAUAAAUAAUAAUGAUUCAACUAUGUAUUUUUGUUAUUGUGUCAAUAAUUCAUAUGGAAAAAAUUGUGAACAUAUUGAUGACUGUAGUUGUUCAGUAUGCUCAUCGAAUUCUUUAUGUCGACCACAUUAUCAUAAUACUGAUGAUCCAUUAUGUUUAUGUCCAAUAAAUCGUUUCGGUCCAACAUGUCAUUUAGAAAGAAAAUGUGAUAUGUUUCAUAAUAAGAAUCCAUGUUUAAAUGGAGGAUCAUGUUCUGUCAAAUAUGAUCAAGAUGCUUUAAUAAGAGAUUAUGUUUGUAUUUGUCAAGCCAUGCAUUAUGGUGAUCAUUGUCAAUAUCUACCUGGCCUAAUUAAUAUACAAUAUUUGAUCAAUGAUAUUAAUCUUCAUUCGACUCUUGCAUCCGUUGUUCAACUUUAUAAUUAUGAUUUUCUAACAUUAGAUUUGAUUUUAGAACAACAACAAGUUUAUGAAGGUCAACCAACGUAUUCAAAUAUUAUCUAUGCUGGACAAUUGUUACCAAGUCUUGGUUUCCUUAAAGUAUAUUAUCAUGAUAAACAACAUCCAAUGACACUAAAUGUCAAAUACUUUAUUUUAUAUAGUCGAAAAGAUGAAAGAAAUAUUAGUUUAACAGUUACUUUAAACAUGAACAAUUCUUGUCCGCAUACACAUUUAUUAUUUUUUUUCAAUGUGUCACAAACAGAAUAUCUACUACCAAGUAAGUCCAUUUUAGUUAAUGAGUUUCUAAAACGAAAUAAUUGCAGCAGUACUCAAACAAAAAAGCUCUUUACACACGCUAAGAUAAACGCAUUCUUAUCAUACGCAUAUGAUAAUGAAAGCCUGUGUAAGUUGCAAGCAUAGUUUGACUGUUGAAAUAAAAACUAAAUGUUGUUCAUGGACUCAGCUGCUAAACAUGUUUUCUUACUAUAUAUCAAAAAAGAAGAAGUGAUUAUCAUAUAUAGCUCAAAUAUUUAAAAGUUUUUAUUUUGUUUAUAUUUGAAGAUAUUAGUGUUUCAAAUGAAAUGUAUGGGAAAUUGAAUACAUCAACAAUAGUGUUUAAAUAUCAUAGUUUAUGCCAAAAUAAAUUAUAUUCAUUACAAUGUUUUCAUGACGAUAAUUAUCUUUGUUUAUGCGAUACAAAUAAAAGGGCUGAAUGUUUUCGUUAUAAUCGCACAAUAGAUUCAUGUCGACAUUGUUUACUGGACAGUCCAUGUAUUCAAGGAGAUAUAAAUGUCGAAUCUGAUUUCUUAUGUUUAUGCCCAGAAUGUC